AUGAAUUUAAAAGAAAAUACAGUAUUAGUGCUUUACGUGAUUUCACUCUUGGUUGUCGAAGAAUAUGUAGCCUCUAAUGAUGUCAAAUCAGUAAACACGCAAAUGUGUUUAAAUUUGGAUAAUACUGUUAGAGCUAAGCACAAGUCCUGUUUAUUGCGACCCGAUACGGGCCCGUGUCGAGCAGACAUUAUAUCUUGGUAUUUUGAUGCGAAACAAGAAAACUGUUACCGUUUCUUCUAUGGUGGUUGCCAAGGGAAUGGGAACCGAUACCCGAGUAAAAUAGCAUGCCUAAAUUAUUGCUACGUUAAUGCGAGCAUACAAAAUAAUCCGAUACCACAUUUCUGCAGUCUAGCAUUUGACUACGGGCAUUGCUUUGGACAAUACAAUAGAUGGGGCUGGGAUCCCUUAUUUAAGACAUGCAGGCGUCGCUUAUACUCUGGCUGUGGAGGUAAUCAAAAUAAUUUUGAGACUAGAUCGGAAUGCCUGGCAACUUGUCUCACGGGACCAAACAACACUUUGAGUCAGGUGAAAACAUUCACGACUUGUAUACCUUUUACCAUACCCGAAACAUAA